CAGUGUGCAUGAAAAAGCGUGAAGUAGUCAACUGUUAUACGUAUUGUGCAGUAAACGGUCGACGAAUUCUGCUGUACUUAUCAUUAAUUUGUGUGACGUGCGGAUGUGAACUUAUUUCCAGUCAAUAAUUUUAGCGGACUUAUAUUUUGACUUGAAAAUAUAGGACUUGAAAUCGAAAAACUAUAGCUCUACAUUAAAAAACCUCCCUCGUCCUUAAUUAAGUAUUGUACUACUCCGUUAUUUAGCUUUCAACGCACUUCUACUUGACGGAUUAUUCACAGUUGUUAAAGGGAAUACUGGUGAUAUACCGUGAAAAUGCUGUCAGCCGCAGUCCUUGCAAGUGACCAGAGCCAAAACCUGGAGCCAAGUGGGUUACACGAUGUGGACAAUGUAUUCGUUAAGAGUAUUACGGUGAAACCCGAUUUCCGUAAACCGCCUCCGCUGGUCAACUGCACCACAUCGCCGUUGUUCAAGAGCUCUCUCACCUCACCGUCCUCCUCGCCUCCCGUGACGCCAUUUCCCCUGCUGACUGAUUUAGCUAAUUACAUGCGUCCGCCGCGUCUAUCACUCCGCAAUCUGAGCGUCUGCAGCAGUAUGCAUCCCUACAGCGAAGACGGCCAGCCGCAUGUAUUUACUCAACCGGAAGUCAACAUCAGUAUUGACCUUAUGGAUGAUGUUUUUGAUGACAGCGCCGAACAGCAACAGGUGGUCGGCUGUAUGGCCAGCACACGCAAAGGCCUGGGAUAUGCAGUGACAUUGUGCAAAUGGAUUGUCUACAGUUUUGGAGCGACAUAGCUCGUUAUUUUUGCUAGUCUUUCAAGUGAAUUUGAGCCAUUAAUGCAUUGGCGAGGAAUUAUUGUGAUGACAUUAAUACGAUUAUUCUCGUAUUAUUCCUCGUGUACGCGUAUUCGCACUGGUCUAAUUAUGAGCGCAACGUGUGGACCGAAUAGUGCGCAAUCAUGAUGUGAUAACGCUGAUCGACUAAUUUGCAAGUUGGUUAAUGCGCACAAAUUUGCUGUUACUGCAUAGACAAGCUUUUAUUAAUUUUCAUGUCAUUGCCAGUAGACGAUGUUCCGGACUGAAAGUUAAUAAA